UACAACCUCUAACAAUGCACAAGCGAACUUCAAUUAUGAAUACUUUUUUCGUUGACAUCAUUUCAACAGUUUUUCUCAAAUCUUUUUUAAUUAAUCUAACUUUUUGUAUUUCGUAAAAUUAGAAUUCUAGUUUUUUAGAUUUUUUAGUUAAAAAAUAUGAUUCAAUCUCAGGAUAUCACCCAAAGUAUAACUGAAUCAAAUUUUGAUGUUCAUCGCCAUUUCAUUGAAGGAGUUGUUGGAUUUAUUGCUGGUUCAUUAGGAGGAUCAGCAAGUGUUUUUCUUGGUCUGCCUUUGGAUACUGUAAAAGUCAAAUUGCAAACAUUCCCUCAUCUUUACAAUAAUGGUUUACAAUGUUUCAAGAAAACUCUAAAAAAUGAAGGUUUUUUUCGAGGUCUCUACGCCGGAACAUUCCCUGCUUUGGCAGCCAAUAUUGCUGAAAAUUCAGUUCUUUUCUGUGCUCAUGGUUUUUGUCAAAAAGGUGUUACAUAUUUGUCUGGAAAUGAAGGUGCACCAAAACCACUAGAAAACGCAAUUGCAGGAUUUUUCGCUGCUUUUUUCUCAUCAUUCACUCUCUGUCCGACUGAACUUAUAAAAUGUCGUUUACAAUCUUUAAAGGAAACUGGUCAAAGUGGUAAAGUCACUGCUUUCGGGAUGACUCGUCAAAUAUUGAAAGAUGAAGGUCUAAUCGGAAUGUUCAGAGGUUUAACACCGACAUUCGCCAGAGAAAUGCCUGGUUGUUUCUUUUUCUUCGGUGGCUAUGAAUUUUCUAGGCAUUAUUUUACCAGUGGUGAACCAGAGACUGCAGGGCUUCUUACGACAGUCAUUGCCGGAGGAAUCGGUGGAGUAUGUUUCUGGAUACCAACCUUUCCCUUUGAUGUUGCCAAAUCUCGCAUGCAGAUUGAACCUACAGACGAAUCGAUGAUGAUAAGAAUUAAUCGCACAAAUGGUUUCAGAGCUUUAUAUAAAGGUUUAGGGCCAGCUUUGCUCAUUUCGUUUUCUUCUAAUGCUGCUUUAUUUGUUACUUUUGAAUAUUCAAAAAGCUUUAUGUCUUCUGGCGCUCAAAGUAUUGGAUGGUUUUAAAUACACUGUUUAAUAAACAAUUUAAUACGCUGCUUCACACAUAAUAUGGUAUAAUAACUUUUGUGUUCACAUGCUCAAAAUUUACCUUUCUGUCUCGAACUAAAACAGAUCAAGAUUAAGCCAAUCUUCCUGAUUGUGAAUUAUACAUGAAUUAUCUGAAUAGAGAAGGCAAUCAGCAAUGAAGUCUUUUCUAAUCACAAUUUAUACCAUCUAAUUUAAGUGAAGGUGACUUUAAGUGAAGUCAUCAAAUUACACAAUACCUGCACCUACUCUUCAAGCUAUUUUUCCAAUUAAAUAUUACAUAAAUGGG